AUGCGGGUGGAAGCGGAUGGGAGGAAAGGAGGCAUCUGGCUUUGCUGGAAUGCUGCCAAUUUCCAACUUCAAGUCCUUUCGGCGUGUUCCCAGCACCUGUCGGUCAUAGUCUCGGCUGGAACCGAUCCAAAAUGGCUGUUUACAGCUGUUUAUGCGAGCCCUCGCCAGUACCAACAACGCAGCUUGUGGCAAACUCUCCACCGCACAAGCCUCUCUAACGACUUGCCGUGGCUGCUUUCUGGUGAUUUCAACGCUAUCUUAGCCCCGGAAGAGAAAUCUGGCCCUUCCUCCUCGUCCACGCUUUACAGGUGCAAAGUAUUCAACGACAGGAUCAACCAAGCGGAACUGAUCGAUCUGGGUUUCUCAGGGCCUAGGUUCACGUGGACUAGAGGAGAGACGGCCAGCACCUUCAAAGCUAGUCGGAUCGACCGAAGCCUAUGCAACUCCCUCUGGAACGCGACUUUCCCGGACACCACUGUCACCCACCUCCCCCGCAUCCACUCAGAUCACCAUCCUAUCCUUACCACAGUCGGAAAUCAGGGAGUUAACCCCUCAAUCUCCCGUCCCUUUCGUUUUGAAGCGGCAUGGUUAACUAGUGAUUCUUUUGACAAUCUGAUUGCAGGUGAAUGGGAUCACCAAGCGCCUCUCCCAGUGGCCUUGGAGAAACUGGCGUCCAACCUCAACCAGUGGAACAAAGAUACCUUCGGCAACAUUUUCUAUAAGAAACGGCGCCUGAUGGCUCGCAUCCAAGGAAUCCAAGAGAGGGUCGCCAUGUCUUUCUCCCCAGGCCUCUAUAAGCUGCAGGUCAAACUUGAGAAGGAGCUGGACCAGGUGCUAGAACAAGAGGAGCUUUACUGGUUUCAGCGAUCGAGGGAAAGCUGGGUCCAACGGGGAGAGCGUAACACUAGCUACUUCCAUAACCAGACAGCCAUCCGCAGGCGUAGAAACAAGAUCGACAGUCUCAAGGGGGCUGAUGGGGCGUGGAUCACUGACCCUCAGGAGUUGGCAGUGCUGGUUUUUGAGUUUUUUGCUGCCUUGUAUUUGCAAGAAAAUGAUAUUUACCAGGACCUCAUGCCAAAGAUGGCCUUCCCCCGUUUGGAGCAGGAGGAGAUGGUGGCUCUUCUGAGACCUUUCAGAGCGGAAGACAUUCACCGUGCUAUCCAUGAGAUGAAGCCGUUUCAAGCCCCUGGCCCUGACGGUUUCCACGCUGCUUUCUACCAACGGGCUUGGAGGGUGGUAGGAAAAUCCUUGAUUAAUUUAGCUUUGGAUUUCUUUCAUGCAGGAGGGCUUCCGGAGCACAUAACCGACUCAACGGUUAUCCUCAUCCCGAAAGUUGAGCACCCGGAGAUGGCCUCUCAACUCAGACCAAUCUCCCUCAACAAUGUCUGUUUGAAAGCUAUCACCAAGGCAAUUACCAACCGGCUGAAACCCAUAAUGAGGAAGUUGGUGUCCCCCCGUCAGAGUAGUUUCAUCCCCGGGCGGCAGACCACCGAUAACAUCAUUGUUCUCCAGGAGGUCCUCCAUAUCCUGAAAAAGAAGAAGGGGAAGAAGGGAGGAAUGGUGUUGAAGAUCGACCUAGAGAAAGCAUAUGAUCGUCUCCGGUGGGACUUCCUUCGCGACACCCUCAAAGAGAUUGGCCUCCCUAGCUCGUGGAUCAGCUGCAUUAUGUACUGCGUCGAAAACAACAGGAUGCGGCUGCUCUGGAAUGGCGACCUCUCUCAAACCAUUAUUCCUACCAGAGGAGUUCGUCAGGGAGAUCCCUUAUCCCCUUAUCUCUUUGUGCUCUGUAUGGAACGAUUAUCUCACAGGAUUGACCAGGCUAUUCGAGACAACCUUUGGAAGCCUCUUAAGCUGUCCAGAGACGGCCCGCUCAUUUCUCAUCUCUUUUUUGCAGAUGAUCUGGUUUUGUUUGCAGAAGCAGGGGGAACCCAAGUGAGGAUAAUCAAGCAAUGCCUGGAUGAGUUUUGCAGCAGCUCGGGAUAG